AUGGCGUCGACGGCACAGCAUGCAUCAAAAUUUGCAAGAUUUAUGAACUCCGAGACUGGUCCCAAGACCGUCCACUUCUGGGCUCCUGUCUUUAAGUGGGCAUUGGUUAUUGCUGGUAUUAAUGAUUUGCAACGUCCAGUUGAGAAAUUGAGUGGUACACAGCAAAUUGCGCUCUUUGCAACCGGUGCAAUUUGGACUCGUUGGGCUGGGUUUGUUAUUAAGCCAAGAAACAUGUUACUAGCAUCAGUCAAUUUCUUUUUGGGUGGAGUAGCUGGCUAUCAACUUAUUAGGAUUGUGAACUACAGACGUGAAGUGGGUGACUCACCUAUGCAAGUGUUUAAAUACAUCGUUGAUGGAGAUUCAUCCAAGGCUCAAGCGAAUCCAGCCACAGCUACCACAACUGGUGCUGCUAAAUAA